GGAAUUUCGAAAGAAAAGGCAGCUGAGAGAGUCAAGAAGGCAGCAUCGAUCACCCAUACUCAUUCUUCAGAUGUUAUCUUAAAUGAUAAGAAUAAAUUAGAAACUGAAAAUAUUCGAGUCAUUGACUUAAAUGGUGCUGCUACAUCUAAUGGAGCCGGUCCUUAUCCAAAGAUAAUUAAUGAAAGCAGUAAAACAACUAAAGUUUCAGAUGAAAGUCAGCAAGCUUACUUGAAUAACACACAUGAUAUCCCAUCUGUUUUAGCUAAUGAUAAUAAUUCGUCGUCUGAAGUGCAUGCAUAUUCAAAAGGUCAAGAAAAUGAGAAUUACGGCGCUUCAUGGAAUGGUGGACUUCUGUUUAAAGAUAGGCUGCAGACACAACCUUUGAGUAAUGGCUUUCAAGGUACCAAGUCAAAAGAUGAUGAUAUUUCUUUGAAGAUUGCUGCAGUUGUAACUCCAAUUUCAUCUGAAGAUUUUGUUACUAAAAUAUAUCCGCAGAAUUCACUGCAAAGUAAGGCCAGUGAAGUCAGCUUGCUAGACUCUACUCAAUCUACCUUGAUCACGAGAGGAUAUGCCCUUGAAGUUGGGCAGAACUUACAGGGCAAUGCAGAAUAUAGGGAACCUAUGAUUUCUGAACUUGGAGAGAGAAAAUUUAGCAGUUCAUCCAGUGGUUUUCCAAGCGAGCUUGGUCCAUCGGCAUGGACAUCUGGAUCUUUAGAGUUCAGUUUUGAUACCAGAAGCUCCAAAAGUCACAUACCACAACAGUUAGUCAUAAAUGAUACUAGUUAUACAAAAUACCGUCCAUCUUUCCUUGAUUCACUUAAUGUAUCCAAAGGUUCUUCUGGUUUUCUUUCUCAACACAAUCAACUUACAAAGGAUGCAUUUUCCUCCCAUAGUUUCCAAUUUAACAGCAUCAGUGCAGUAGGAUCAUCGCCUUUUGAUAGACCAUCAACGGAGAGUGAAACUAUGAGAACUUUCUCCGUAGAAAGGUCCAAUGAUUUUCCUAGUGCCACUGAGUAUCCUGGUCACUUUUCAAUUCCUGCUAAUAAUGAUGGCGACCUGCUAAGGCUGAAUGAGAAUAUCUCAGAGAAGAAGCAUGAGUUCUACUCAACCAAACAGAACGAGGAUUUCUCUGCUUUGGAGCAGCAUAUUGAAGAUUUGACCCAGGAAAAAUUUUCUCUGCAACGAUCUCUUGAGGCGUCACGUACAUUUGCUGAAUCUUUAGCGGCUGAAAAUUCAUCAUUGACAGAUAGUUAUAAUCAGCAGAGAAGCGUUGUCAAUCAGGUCAAACAUGACAUGGAGAAGUUACAGGAAGAAAUCAAGGCCCAAUUGGCAGAGCUUCAGACUUUCAAAAUGGAAUAUGCAAAUGCACAACUGGAAUGUAAUGCAGCCGAUGAACGUGCCAAUAUAUUGGCUUCUGAAGUCAUUGGAUUGGAAGAGAAGGCACUUAGAUUAAGGUCCAAUGAGCUAAAGUUGGAGAGGCAAUUGGAGAACUCACAGGCUGAAAUUUAUUCUUUCAAAAAGAAAAUGUCAAGCCUAGAGAAAGAGCGUCAGGAUUUUCAAUCAACUAUUGAAGCUCUUCAAGAAGAGAAGAAGGUACUCCAAUCUAAGCUACGAAAAACUUCUGCCAGUGGAAAGUCUAUUGAUGUUACUAAGAAUCCUGCUAGUAAGAAGGAUAUGUCGACUUCAACAGAGGAUCUAGUAAGCAUGGAUGCUGCUAUUGAUGAUAGGGAAAUGAAUAGCAGUAAUAAUGCCUCUAGUUUGAGCUUGCUGCCUGAAGAUGGACAAUUUGAAGCUCCUUCUGUUUCUAUUCCUCCUGAUCAAAUGAGAAUGAUUCAUAACAUUAAUUCUCUGAUUUCUGAGUUAACUUUGGAGAAAGAAGAACUAGCACAAGCUUUGUCAUCUGAGUUAUCUCAAAAUUCAAAAUUGAAGGAGUUGAACAAUGAAUUGUCCAUGAAGCUUGAAGUUCAAACUCAAAGAUUAGAGCUUUUGACAGCUCAAAGCAUGGCAAAUGAGCACAUCCCAGUCAGACAAUAUGAGUCUAAAUUGAUGCAUGAUAACACCUCAUAUGCUGAUGAGGGUGACGAGGUGGUGGAAAGGGUCUUAGGAUGGAUUAUGAAGCUCUUUCCAGGUGGGCCAUCAAGAGGGAGAACCAACAAGCGGCUUUCCUACUGAAACUGGAUAUCAUGGCGUGAGACUUGUACAAAUUCAUAUGCUUUUUGAUUUCAUGCUUGCCUUACCUCGUUUAUGUGAUGCUAGGAAGGUCGUGAUUUGUAUAUUUUUUAGUCGACCCAUUCUUUUUGAUAGAAGGCAAAAUGAGUUUUAUUUAGGAUGGUGCUACCAUUGAUUGGCAAAAUCUAACUUGUGUAUUAUUUUGAGAGAAGGCAAUAAAGAAGGCCCUGCCCUUGUUGCAGUCACUUGGUUGA